AUGCCCCAGUGGUCUUUGCUGCCCUUCUUUGCGUAUCCGCCUUCCCAGGCUGGGUACUGGAGUCCUGUCACUUCGACGCUGAACUGGUGUGAAGAGGACUACUAUGCAACCAUCUACUCCGCCGAGAUAGUCAACACCCUGACAAAUCUUCUGUUUAUGUGGCUUGGGAUCAAGGGUAUCAGGAGUUGUCGGCGGAAUGGGCACGAUACAAUUUUCCAAAUCGCAUUCUACGGAUAUCUUCUAGUCGGGACUGGCAGUUUUUUGUUCCACGCGACUCUUAAAUACCCCAUGCAGUUAGUUGAUGAACUUUCUAUGAUUUAUACGACUUGUUUGAUGUGCUAUGCGUCAUUCUCCUACUCGAGACCCGUUGGUUUCCGGAUUGUCCUCGGCCUCGCUUUGACUGGUCUGGCCGUCUUCAUCACGCUGUACUACCACUACCUUCAGGACCCCGUGUUUCACCAGAAUGCGUAUGCGCUUUUGACAACAGUGGUCGUCCUGCGGAGUAUGUAUACUAUGGAAGUGACUCUCCGCGCAGUCAGGCGGCAUUCAACCGAGGAGGAUCGCCUGGCGCGUGAGAAGCAAGGCCUCCCUGUGCCGUCGAAGGAACAUCAGCAAUAUGAGAAUGUUCGGGACCUAAAAACUUUGAAGACGAUGUGGUUCAUGGUCAUCUAUGGGCUGACCAUGUUCCUGGGAGGAUUUCUCAUCUGGAACCUGGAUAACCACUUCUGCCCUACUAUUCGGAAAUGGCGACGGGCGGUUGGGCUUCCGUGGGGUAUUUUCCUCGAAGGCCAUGGCUGGUGGCAUGUCAUGACUGGAGUUGGAGCCUAUCUUUACAUUAUAUGGGGCAUCUGGCUGCGCCAUUGCUUGAACGACCGACAGGAAGAAUACCACCUGUGGUGGCCGCAUUUCUGGAACUUCCCAGAAAUUGUUCGCACGCAGAAAGGGACCGGGAGUCGCCUGGACAAGAAGUCGACCUGA